AUGGUUGUUCUGGUUGUUUUGCUUUUGUUUUUUAUUGGAACUACAACAAUACAGGCUGAUUUUUCUAAUACUGUUCCUGGAACAACAUACAAUGUUACAGUUUCUACAGUUUCUUCUUCACUCUACAGUUCACCUGCAAGUAGAACAGUGACAACAAAUGUGACAAAUCCUGGGCCGCCUGUGUUCCUUGCAGGUGAAAGAGUGGGCUCUGCUGGGAUUCUGUUGUCAUGGAACACACCACUGCAUCCAAAUGGGAGAAUUCUCUCCUAUAUUGUUAAAUAUAAAGAGGUCUGCCCAUGGAUGCAAACAGCUUAUACACAAGUCACAACAAAGCCAGAUAGUUUGGAAGUUCUUCUUACCAGUCUUAACCCUGGAACAACUUACGAAAUUACGGUCGCUGCUGAGAACAGUGCUGGUGUUGGAGUAUUUAGUGAUCCUUUUCUUUUUCAGACUGCAGAAAGUGCUCCAGGUAAAGUAGUGAAUCUCACAGUUGAAGCCUUAAAUUAUUCAGCUGUAAAUCUGAUCUGGUUUCUUCCUCGGCAACCAAAUGGAAAGAUAACUAGUUUCAAGAUUAGUGUGAAACAUGCAAGAAGUGGAAUUGUAGUGAAAGAUGUCUUGGUUAAAGUGGAGGACCUUCUGUCUGGGAGGUUACCAGAAUGUAAUGAUAACAGUGAAUCAUUUUUGUGGAGUACUACUACUCCUUCAACUACUUUUGGAAAAUCCACAAUUCCUUCACGGACUACAGUUAUACCAAGUACAGAGGCACCAAAUCAAAUGAGCUCUGUUUGGAAUGAACCAAUUAGUUUUGUUAUAACUAACCUCAGACCAUAUACCACCUAUCUUUUUGAAGUCUCUGCAGUUACCACUGAAGCAGGCUACAUUGACAGUGCAAUUGUCCGGACACCAGAAUCGGUUCCAGAAGAUCCACCACAAAAUAUUGCCAAGAGCAACAUUACAGCAAAGUCUUUCUCAGUGAUGUGGGACCCACCAACCAUAGUAACAGGGAAGUUUAGUUACAGAGCUGAGCUGUAUGGACCAUCUGGUCAUAUUCUGGAUAACAGCACAAAAGAUCAUAAGUUUGUAUUUAGUAACCUUGUGCCGUUUACAACAUAUGAUGUGUACAUCAGUGCUGAGACAAGUGCUGGGGUAGGCCCAAAGGCUAACCUUACAGUUUUCACUCCUGCAGAUGUCCCAGGUGCUGUAUCAGACUUACAUCUAGCAGAAGUGGAAGCCACAUACAUAAAAAUUGUUUGGAGGAAGCCACAACAACCAAAUGGGAUCAUUACCCAGUACAGAGUUAAGGUACACAUGCAGGAAACUGAGGUGACUCUGGAAAACACUAUUCUUGAAGGAAAAAAUAAGUAUUUGGUUGAUUCUUUGGAACCAUACAUGAUAAAUGAAAACAUCAAACCUUCUCCCACUUGGAGUUCAAUGGAAACAGCCAAUGAAUUAUAUGAAGGUUCAGCUGAAAUGUUUUCCAGCAUUCAGACAGCAUCCCCAGUCAUAUUUACAAGUGUAUCUGGUGAUAAUUUGCCCCCUAUAAACGGAGCUGCAGAACUACAUUCUGCUUUGGUAACUAUUUACCUUCAUGUAAUCACAGAUAACAUUUUGGCUGAAGAACUGUCAUAUGUUAUAAAAGGCCUUAUACCUUUCACAGACUACACUAUCAGUGUGUCUGCUUUCACGGCUGUUGGGGAAGGACCGCCAUCAGUUCUUAUGGUCAGGACACAUGAACAAGUUCCAAGCUCAGUACAAAAUAUAUCUUACAAGAAUAUUAGCUCCUCCUCUAUUUUGCUGUAUUGGGAUCCUCCAGCAAGUCCCAAUGGGAAGAUCAUUCAUUAUACUGUUUAUGCGAUGGAACUGGAUACAAAAAGAGCAUUCCACACAACAACUUCAAACAACAGCUUACUUAUGACAGGUUUAAAAAAAUACACGAAUUACAAAAUGAGAGUCGCAGCCUCUACCACAAUUGGAGAAAGUGCUUUGUCUGAAGAGAAUGAUGUUUUUGUGAGAACCCCUGAAGAUGAACCAGACUCCCCACCCCAAAAUGUAGAGUUAAUAAAUGUAACUGCAACACAAAUAAAUCUGAGAUGGUUACCACCUGAGCAGCCUAAUGGUCUCAUAACUCACUAUGAAGUUCUGUACAGUGAUUCCAAUGAUCUGUUUAUUAAAAAUGCAUCAUUUACAAGUAUAUCACUAAGUGAAAUGAAGCCAUAUACUCGCUACAACAUCUCUGUAAGGGCAUUCACUAGACUUGGCCAUGGGAAUCAGUCAUCUUUCCCAUUUCUGGUGAGAACUUCUGAAACUGUUCCUGAUUCUGCACCAGAAAAUAUAACCUAUAGGAACAUCUCAUCCAUGGAAAUUGAAUUAUCAUUUUUUCCACCAUCUGUUCCCAAUGGAAUCGUACAGACCUACACAAUAUAUCUCAGGAGGACUAAUGGAACCGAGCAAAGAAUCAUAAACACUACUCUUUUGACACUACAUAUAACAGAUUUAAAGAAAUAUACAGAAUACACUGUACAAGUGUCUGCUAGUACUGCAGUGGGGGAGGGCCUUCGUAGUUCACCUCUGCAUAUACUGACAGAUGAAGAUGCUCCGAGUUCUCCUCCAGAAUCCCUCUCCGUAAAACAGUUGUCGGGUGUCACUGUGAAGUUGUCAUGGAAACCUCCACUGGAGCCAAAUGGAAUUAUCCUCUAUUACACAGUUUAUGUCUGGAAUAAGAUGUCAAAAAGGAGUGUUAAUGUAACAGAAACAUCACUGCAGUUCAUAGACUUGGAAUAUAACUAUGAGUAUAGUGCUUACCUAACAGCAAGUACAAGAUUUGGAGAUGGGAACAUAAAAAGUGAUACUAUAACAUUCAGAACUUCUGAGGGAGCACCAAGUGAUCCACCAAAAGAUGUUGUGUACAGGAACCUUACUUCCACAUCAGUAAUGCUAUUCUGGUCUCCUCCUCAAAAGCCUAAUGGAAAUAUACUGUACUACUCAGUUUAUUUCAAAAAUAGUUCAGGAAUAUUCAUACAGAAUUUCACAAGUUAUGGUAACAACAGCGAUGGCAGUAUGUCCCAGUCUGCAGUUCUGGAUGACUUGGCAAAAUACAGCCAUUAUACUCUAUGGUUAACUGCAAGCACAGCUUUUGGAGAUGGAGACAAAACCAGUGAAGUAAUAGACGUGUAUACAGAUCAGGACAUCCCAGAUGGUUUUGUUGAAAAUCUGGUCUAUCAAAACAUUUCCUCAUCUUCUGUAAAUGUAAGCUGGCUUCCACCAUCCCAGCCAAAUGGCUUAGUCUUCUUUCAUGUUUCUCUAAGUUUAUUGCAACUGGGAACCAGUAAGGUAUUGUCUUUCGUUACUUACAACACAAGCAUCGUUUUUGACAAUCUGGAGAAAUAUACUGAUUACAUUCUGAAAAUCACACCAGCCACUGAUAAAGGAUCUUCUGAACUGCAUGCUCUAAGUUUGCAUAUAAGAACUGAUGAAGAUGUUCCAGAAUCAGCACCUAUAAUCAAAACAUUUUCAAACCUCUCAACUACCUCAGUAAUGCUUUCAUGGGACCCUCCUGUUAAGCCAAGUGGUAUUAUAAUAAGUUAUGAUUUAAAUUUAUUUGGGCCAGAAAGGAAUAACUCAUUCUCUACCACCAAUAACUUUAUCAUCUUGGAAGACCUUCUACCAUUCACAUUAUACAACAUUUAUGCAGCUGCAAGAACAAUAAAAGGCCCUGGUCCAUUUGCUGUGCUUCAGUUUUACACAGAUGAGUCAGUGCCAUUAGCUCCACCCCAGAAUUUGACCAUUACCAACUACACUGCAGAUUCUGUGUGGCUAAAGUGGGAUCCAAGUCCCCAGGCAAAUGGUGCUAUAAUGAGCUAUAAUUUUAAGAUUUAUCAAAACAACACUGAAAAACUAUUUUAUCGGAAUAUUUCAGGUUCAAACCAUGAGGCAAACCUUGUUGGAUUAGAACCAUUCAGCCCCUAUUUGAUCAGCAUCUCUGCAUUUACCAAGCUUGGGAAUGGCAAUCAGUUCAGUAAUGCUGUCCAGUUUACAACAAUGGAAUCAGUACCAGAUGCUGUCCAGAAUGUUCAUUGUAUUGCAACAAGUUGGCAAUCGAUCCUAGUGCAGUGGGACCCUCCUGCUUCAUCCAAUGGUGUAAUUACUCAUUACAUCAUAACAGUUGAAGGAAAUUCUACAAAUUUUUCAUUUUAUAAUACACUGCAUACUUUCAGAAAUCUGCCUUCCAAUAUUACCUAUCAAUUUAAAAUAAAAGCUGCAACAUCUGCUGGUGGUGGUGAAGAACAGGUCUGCAACGCUACUACACUUCCAGAAAAAGUUCCUAGUGCUCCCAGGGAUAUUGUUUUUUCCAAUGUGCAGUCAACAAGUGUGACCUUGAAUUGGAGAUCACCAAAAUCUAUCCUUGGAUACUUUCAAAACUACAAGAUUACCGCACAGCUACAGUCCAUCCACUGCAGUGACUGGGAAGCUAAGGAAUGUAUUGAAUAUGAAAUGCAUCAAUAUUUAUAUGAAAAUGUGGUGGAUGACCAGAUAGAAGAGACAGUGUAUGGGCUGAAGAAAUACAGAUGGUACAGAUUUGCAGUUUCUGCCAGUACAAAUGUUGGUUAUGGCAGUUCCUCACCUUGGAUUUCUACGCAAACACUUCCUGGCUCUCCAGACUGUCCUCCAGAAAAUGUGACUGCUUUAGCCACAUCUCCUCACAGUAUUAAUAUCACCUGGAAUGAACCUGUCAUCAUUACUGGACCAACUUGCUACCUCAUAGACAUUACCUCAGUAGAUAACAACAAUUAUAAAGCUCAAUUUAUGAAGACAAAUGAUGAGAGUAAAGUCUUAGAAAUUUCUGAUUUAAAAGCAUUUACAAGAUAUUCUGUAGUAAUCAUAGCCUUUACGGGGGAUGUUAAUGCUGCACUCCUUGAAGGCAAGGCUAGUUCUCCAGUAAUUGUCUCCACAUUUGAAGCAGUGCCUGAAGAUCCACCUAACAACGUAACAUUUCAGAAGAUACCAGAUGAAGUAACAAAGUUCCAAGUAACAUUUGUGCCACCAUCUGAACCAAAUGGAAAUAUUCAGGUGUAUCAAGCUAUGGUUUACAAUGAAGAUGACCCUGCUGCCAUACAGAUCCACAACCUUAGUGUCAUUGAUAAAACAGAUCAGUCAGUCACUGCCAUGAUAGAAGGACUAAAAGGAGGGCAUACCUACAAUGUCAGCGUGUAUGCAAUUAAUGGCGCUGGUGCAGGGCCAAAAAUUCAACUGAAAAUAACCAUGGAUAUCAAAGAACCACCACGACCUAAAAAGAAACCAGCACCAGUUUAUGAUACCAAUGGGGCAUUACUAGUCACAGAUACAACAAUGACAAUCAGAAUGCCGAUAUGUUAUUACAGUGAUGAUCAUGGCCCUAUCAAGAAGAUUCAAGUUCUUGUUGUGGAAGCCGGAGCUCAGCAUGAUGGGAAUGUUACUAAGUGGUAUGAUGCCUACUUCAACAGACCAAGGCCAUAUUUUACAAAUGAAGGCUUUCCAAACCCACCAUGUAUAGAAGGAAAAGAAGAUCUGAGUGGCAAAGAAGAGAUAUAUGUUAUAGGUGCUGAUACUGCCUGUAUGAUACCAGGUAGUCAAGACAAAAUAUGUAAUGGCCCACUGAAACCAAGAAAGCAGUACCUAUUUAAGUUCAGAGCAACUAAUGUUAAAGGACAGUUUACAGAUUCUGACUAUUCUGACCCUGUCAAAACAUUAGGUGAAGGAACUUCAGGAAGAUCUGUAGAAGUUUUUCUCGCUGUUACUUUGUGUAUACUUUCAGUUGUUCUUUUUGUGGCUGCAGUAUAUACUUUUGCAAGAAUUCGGCAAAAGCAAAAAGAGGGAGGCACGUACUCCCCACGAGAUGCUGAAAUUAUUGACACUAAGUUCAAACUGGAUCAGUUGAUCACAGUGGCAGAUCUGGAGCUGAAGGAUGAGAGGUUUACACGGUUGCUUAGUUAUAGAAAAUCCCUCAAGCCAGUAAGCAAGAAAUCCUUCCUACAACACGUUGAAGAGCUUUGCACAAGCAACAACCUAAAGUUUCAGGAAGAAUUUUCGGAACUUCCCAAGUUUCUUGAAGACCUUGCUUCAACUGAUGCUGAUCUGCCUUGGAACAGGUCUAAGAAUCGUUUCCCAAACAUAAAGCCAUAUAAUAACAACAGAGUAAAGCUGAUGCCUGAUGCUGGUAUUCCUGGAUCUGACUACAUUAAUGCCAGCUAUGUGUCUGGUUAUUUAUGUCCAAAUGAGUUUAUUGCAACUCAGGGACCAUUACCAGGAACAGUGGGUGAUUUCUGGAGAAUGGUGUGGGAGACAAGAGCAAAAACGCUUGUGAUGCUUACACAAUGUUUUGAAAAAGGACGGAUAAGGUGUCAUCAGUACUGGCCAGAAGAUAAUAAGCCAGUGACUGUGUUUGGGGAUAUAGUGAUUACUAAGUUGAUGGAAGAUAUUCAAAUAGACUGGACCAUCAGAGAUCUAAAAAUUGAACGGCAUGGAGACUGCAUGAUGGUGCGGCAGUGUAACUUCACUUCUUGGCCAGAACAUGGAGUCCCUGAAACUUCUGCACCAAUUAUCCAUUUUGUAAAACUUAUCCGUGCAAGUCGAGCCCAUGAUAAUACACCGAUGGUGGUUCACUGCAGUGCUGGCGUUGGAAGAACAGGUGUUUAUAUUGCACUUGACCAUUUAACCCAACAUAUAAAUGACCAUGAUUUUGUGGAUAUCUAUGGACUUGUAGCUGAGUUAAGAAGUGAAAGAAUGUGUAUGGUACAGAAUCUGGCACAAUAUAUAUUUUUGCAUCAGUGUGUAUUGGAUCUGUUGACAAUCAAGGGAAGUAGUCAGCCCAUAUGUUUUGUAAAUUAUUCAGCACUGCAAAAGAUGGACUCUCUGGAUGCCAUGGAAGGUGAUGUGGAGCUUGAAUGGGAAGAAACUACCAUGUAA